UAUAGUCUUAUUGAUUACUGAUUUCAACAAAGUUAGAAAGAAAAAUCAAUGGGAAGACAGAAUAAGAGUACAAAUGCGACAUCUCAAGGUAAACAACACUUUAGCCAUCCUCACAUUUUGAAACCAAUUGUGAAUCCACCUGAAACACUCACUUGCAAUGCAUGUGAGCAACCAAAUAACUAUAAGCCUAAUUUUCAUGGAUGCAACAGUUGCCAGUAUUUCCUCCACGAUAACUGCUUCAAUGCUCCGCGUUUUCUCAAUCACUCGUCUCAUCCUUCCCACCCCUUGACCCUUCACCAAAUUCCGUCUUACUCGAGUCGUUCCUAUACUUGCAAGGCUUGUGGCUCUGCUGGUAAUGGAUUUUGUUUUAGCUGUGCUGCUUGUGAAUUUGAUAUUCACUUGCAAUGUGCGUCCAGUCCUAGCUCCAUACUUGUUAAUAGCCACCUGCAUCAAUUGGAGCUCCACUUCGGUUCUCCAUACGAAGAUAAGAAUAUCAAAUACAAUUGUGAUAUGUGCAAUGUGAUAAUGAACAAGGACGAUUGGUUGUACUACUGUGCUGGGUGUGAUUUCGGGUCACACUUGCGGUGUGCAAUAACUAGUCCUGAAGUCGGUGUUUUCCCCAAACAGCAGCGUCCAAUUCCAAAUUCAAAUCCAAAUCCAAAUCCAAGUCCAAGUCAGAAUUCGAAUUCAAAUUCAAAUUUAAAUCCAAAUGCGGCGGUGGAAAUGAUUAAUUCAGUGAAUGCUGCUCAUGAGCAGCUUAUAGCAGCUCAAAUUCGCGCUCAGUUUGUGGCACGAGGACAAGAGGCUGCUCUGGACUUAAUUUAGGCAUACAAUUGCAUAUAUCUAAUGCUUACGCUUUGGCCUUCUUCAGUUUUUAUUGCAAAAUAAAUGCUUUAUUGUUGUUAUCGUGUUAUUUCUCUUUCAAAUUUGUAUCUUUAAUCAUCAAGUUUCUCCAUUUUUGUUUUGGUUUCUAUGUUUAUGGAUUAUAAAC